UGGACGGGCGAACUACAAAGCCCGGCGGCCCCGACAGCUGGGAAAGACCGAUAAACUUUGAGCCGACCAGGAGAGAGAAAAUCUCUCUUUGUGGUGAGGGGCCUCUUGGGUGGUCGCGGAAUUGGGCUCUGUGCGCUGGGAAGGGGAAGUGGAGGUCUCUGAAAGAAGAUGAAUUUGGCUGAGAUUUGUGACAAUGCAAAGAAAGGAAGAGAAUAUGCACUUCUUGGAAAUUAUGACUCAUCAAUGGUGUAUUAUCAGGGAGUGAUACAGCAGAUUCAGAGGCACUGCCAGUCAGUCAGAGACCCGGCUGUCAAAGGCAAAUGGCAGCAGGUUCGGCAGGAAUUAUUGGAAGAAUAUGAACAAGUUAAAAGUAUUGUCAGCACUUUGGAGAGUUUUAAAAUUGACAAGCCCCCAGAUUUCCCUGUGUCUUCUCAAGAUGAACCGUUUAGAGAUCCCGCUGUUUGGCCGCCCCCUGUACCUGCAGAACACAGAGCUCCGCCUCAGAUAAGGCGCCCCAAUCGAGAAGUAAGACCUCUGAGAAAAGAAAUGCCAGGAGUAGGAGCCCGGGGACCUGUCGGCCGAGCGCAUCCUAUAUCAAAGAGUGAAAAACCCUCCACAAGUAGGGACAAGGAUUACAGAGCCAAAGGGAGAGAUGACAAGGGAAGGAAACAUAUGCAAGAUGGUGCAAGUGAUGGUGAAAUUCCAAAAUUUGAUGGUGCUGGAUAUGAUAAGGACUUGGUGGAGGCCCUCGAGAGAGACAUCGUGUCCAGGAAUCCUAGCAUUCAUUGGGAUGACAUAGCGGAUCUGGAAGAAGCUAAGAAGUUGCUGAGGGAAGCUGUUGUUCUUCCGAUGUGGAUGCCUGACUUCUUCAAAGGGAUUAGAAGGCCAUGGAAGGGUGUGCUGAUGGUUGGACCCCCAGGCACUGGUAAGACUAUGCUAGCUAAAGCUGUCGCCACGGAAUGUGGCACAACGUUCUUCAACGUUUCCUCUUCUACACUGACGUCUAAAUAUAGAGGUGAAUCUGAGAAGUUAGUCCGUCUGUUGUUUGAAAUGGCUAGAUUUUAUGCCCCCACCACAAUCUUCAUUGAUGAGAUAGAUUCUAUCUGCAGUCGAAGAGGAACCUCUGAUGAACAUGAGGCCAGUCGCAGAGUCAAGUCUGAACUACUCAUUCAGAUGGAUGGAGUUGGAGGAGCUUUAGAGAAUGACGAUCCUUCCAAAAUGGUUAUGGUGUUGGCUGCUACUAAUUUCCCAUGGGACAUUGAUGAAGCUUUGCGAAGGAGAUUAGAAAAAAGGAUAUAUAUACCACUCCCAACAGCAAAAGGAAGAACUGAGCUUCUGAAGAUCAAUCUUCGUGAGGUUGAAGUGGACCCUGAUAUUCAACUGGAAGAUAUAGCAGAGAAGAUUGAGGGCUAUUCUGGUGCUGAUAUAACUAAUGUUUGCAGGGAUGCCUCUUUAAUGGCAAUGAGACGGCGAAUCAAUGGCUUAAGUCCAGAAGAGAUCCGUGCGCUUUCUAAAGAGGAGCUUCAGAUGCCUGUGACCAGAGGAGACUUCGAAUUGGCUCUUAAGAAAAUUGCUAAGUCUGUCUCUGCCGCAGACUUGGAGAAGUAUGAAAAAUGGAUGGUUGAAUUUGGAUCUGCUUGAAUUUCUGACAGGUCUUCUUGGGACCUUCCCUGUAAAUUUGGAGAGGCUCAGCAGUGACCGAGGGCCUUGAGACCUGAAACUGGGAGCAAAUGGUGUGGUCCAGUCCCCUCAUCUUACAGGUGAAGGAUGAACCCAGGGGGAUUUUAACAUACGUGUUCAAGAUCACAUUCUGAACUGGGAAAUAAGACUUCUAUCUAUAUCUGAUCUUGAAGAAGGCUGCAGAUAACGUGCAAAGCAGACAAGCCAGAUGACCAAACAUUUAUUAAGGAUCUUUAAGCCUCUGAAGCAUGAUACCAAUACAGAGUAGUCACCCAAGUUGAUGUUAAGAAUAUGAAAUGGAGGAUAAAUUGACACCAUAGGAUUGGAACUAACAUUUAUAGUGUUUACUAUGUGCUAGAUACUUUUAUUGUUUUAUUGAAUUCAUACGCUAGUUCUAAAAUGUAUUUACUGCUAUUCUCUUUUUGCAGGAGAGGAAACUGAGCUUUAUAGAAAGACUUGCUCUAGUUAUUUGGCUACUAAGAAAUGGAAGAAAGAAUGGAACCUAGGUCAGUUUAGUUGUAGAACCUAUUCCUUUGCCAUGUUCCAAGAUUACUUUCAACAAUGUUAAAUGCAAACUCAAUUCUUGAAAUAAAUAUGUUACAUUCACCCAUUUUUCUGAGGUUAUUAAUCUGUCUUUUACCUUCCCUUUCCUGUAUGCUUUUUUUAACCAGACUUUUAGGCAGACUGCUGUGAUAUAUUCUGUUACAGUAUUUACAUUUAUAAUGACAGGAAAAAAUAGUGGCUCUUGUGUUAUGAGAUUAAAAUGAAUUUGGGAAUAUUGCUGCCAUUUAUUAUUAUCAGAGUGUAAAUAUAUACCUACUUGUUUUUCAUGGAAGGCUUUAUGAAAUGAGCCUAUCAUUCCAAGAGUUUUUAUGAAUUACAUUUAGACCACCAACUUCAGUGACCUAGAGCGCUGUCAGUCAUUUUUGUUAGUAAGCUUCCUGACAGCGGUCUGCCCCCCGGAUGGCAGCUCCAGAGUCAUUAGCUGUAUGCAUGGUCUCCGUCAGUUACUAGGAGAGCAGCCCCAGUGUACUUGGCCCAGGGUUCAGUGUCCGUGUUUGAAGCACUACCCCAGAGCUGAGUUUAGUCCUGAAUGUUCAAAAUGGUUUCACUUAGCACAUCUUAAAUAACUUAUUUAAAGACAUAACUAAUCAUGAUAUGACUACUGUAUUCCAUAACAUAAAUCUUAAGCUAUAGUGUUAGUAAUUAUUGUGUAAUUAGAGAUGGGUGAAUCAACUUCAUUUGGGAUUCGUAAAAUACCUCAAGCUAUUUUUCAAACAUUUUGAAAUAUAUUUUGUAACAUUUCUCAAACAUACUUUACCAAGCAGAUUUCCUCUAAUUUUUAAACCCUUGUGUAUUUUAAGGGAAAUUUAAUCCAUAUGUUUCUGAUUCAUUUGCACUUAACUCAUCUAAGUUAUUUUUUAAGAACAAUUUGGUUUCCAAGAAGCCUUAGGAACCCUUCUCAUGAAUUCUAUCAUCCUUUGAAAGCCUUUUCCCCAAUCAAAACUUUUUUCUCCAAGGAUAAAUGUGCAUGAAAUGUUUCAGUUCAUUUUACAAUUUAGAGCCCAUAUUUCACAAUCUAAGCUAGUUCUGAAUUUAAUGUAAUGUUACUCUGCCUUUACUGUAAGAACUUGCUUUGUCUCUCUUCAAAGCAAGUCUCUGCAGAGAGCUUGUAAUCACAGUGUGCUCUUUUGAAAACACAGUGCCCUGACAUUCUAUGCUGUCAUAGCACAGGUGACAGACGUGGGUUGAUCAAACAUGUCAAACUGAAGUGUCUGUUUAGUGCGCUGAAUAUGUAUACAUAUUUGUACAUAUUCAAAUAUACAUGUACACACUCAUAAAAAUGUUUAAAUUUUUAUAGGCUAUCUUUUUUGUUUUUACCUCUACUUAUAAUUCUCACAAGACAUUACUGUAUUCUGGAUGAAUUAGUGAUUUAUUGUUCUCAUCUCUCUUCAGAAAUGUCUUUCACUUGAGACUUAGUCAACAGGUUUCUGUUGCCUAGCAAGUAGGUCUUUGAGAACAGCUCUUUGUGUAGUUUUAAUGGAACAGCUUGAUUGUAUGAAAUCUUCUUAGAAAAAUUAAGGUCAUUGCAGUGAAGGUAAAAGGAAAUAAGCUGACAGCUAAUUGGACAGAGUGUCAUACACCACAGCAACUCUGGAAAAGAUUUGCAGAAACAUAGCAACAAAAGAAUGGGGUUUGCUUAAGGCAGCUAGAACCUGCAUUCAGAAAUGUUCACGUUAAAAGAAAGACAGCAGCAUUUUCUUGGGUUCUCAUUAGGGAAUUGUGUGAAAUACAUAGGUGCUAAUCACAAGAAAUAGCCUCUUAAGUUCCUAUUUUUAAUGGAAACUAUCGUUUUUUCCCCUGAAUUUUUUAGUGUGGGAUUUUUAAACAAUGAAACCAUCUUCUCUGUACUUUUUAAACCAUACAGUUUCUUACAUAUUUUGUUAGUUUGUGCUAUUAAUGAACUCUUAAUAUUUUAGGAAAUAUAGAUAAAUAAAUUAAUAGAUAAAUUCCUUUUAAGAAUUAACACCUAAAUUUUUCUUUGUUUAAACCAAAAUGAAAAACUUCAUGCGUGAGGGGAGACUUUUAAGUUUUACUUUGUAUUUUUCCGUAUGGUAAUUAUUUUACUUUACAAAGGAAAUAUGCUUACAAAAUAUUAAGGUAGUUUUUAAAAAGCAAUAUUUAUAGAAAUUGAGUAAAUGCCUGCUCUUACUUCUGCUUCCCAAAAGCCUUUGGCCUAAAAGUCGGUCGUGGCUCUGGACCUUAUUUCAUUUGACUCACAGGGCAAGAUUGUUCUGGUCAUUGUCACUGUGACAAUGAUCCUGGGAUCAUUGAUCAGUGAUCCCCAUUGUCACUGUAACCUGGAUCAGUGAUCUGCAAAGUUCUGUGAUGAUGCCUCUCCAUCAAUAAAAUGUUUGUGAGUUUUAUACUGUUACUAUGUUGAUGCUUUACAGAAUAUUUGUAAUUUACAGUAGUAUUUGUAUGUAAUUUAUAAAAAUACAAAAUUAGAAAAUUUAAAGACUAUAAAUAUGAAAACACUGAAAAAUAAUUUUAUUGGUACAAAAUGCCCUAAAAAAACUGAAUAAUAUUUGUAUUGAGGGCCAUGAGAUUAAAUAUGCUUCGUUUUUUUUAAAGCUUGUACUAACCAGGUACAGCGAUUUAGUUUAUUUUAGUGCUUAAUUUUAAUGACUGUUGGAGGUGAAAAAGUUACUUCACAAUGGUGUGUGAUCCAAGUGGAAGAAAUGAAUCACUGGCUGCAAGUACAUGUCAUGAGCUUCAUUUUUUAAUCAUGCCCUCUAAUUAUGCAGAAGUUUCCAUUUAACUUUGGCUGUUAAAUUUGCAUCUUCCCUGAUAUCAGUCAGUUCUUGCAAAUUAAUUGGAAGUUUGCAUUUUAUAUGAAUAGUUUCAAAACCCACUGAACCUCUUCAUUUGGAAGAUUUUUAAACAAAUAGGAAAAUUGUUUCAAGUUUAAGUUGUACAUUUUAGAGUUUUUAAUGAGAGAUUCACUGUUUUGUUUUUGGCAACAAAAUCACGGAACAAUGGAAAUAAAUGCUCUAGGUCAGGGAGUCUUCCCUCGGCCUGCCUGACCCUCAUGUGCCCAGGAAUUCCAGUUCUCAGCCAGUCCCGCUGAGUGUUUUCCUGGUUCUGCUCCAUCUGGACAUGACAGUCCUUAAAUGACUUAGGAUAAGUUUAAUUCCUGUUGUGAGUUUUCAUCCUCCUCAGUCUUAAAGUAAUUCCUGACUUGUAGGUAUAGUAUGAGUGUGUCACUGUACAUUUCUUCCACUUCAGUUAUCAGUGGUCUCUGUGCCAGUGUCCACAGCAGUCCCUCCAGCUUAUGUCAGGGACUUCCCCUGGGAGGCACCAGCUUGUUGCAGCUCCCCAGGUUCUGGUGCAGGACAUUCAGAUGGCUGUCAGCUACCAGAGGCAGUGCUGUUGCUUGCUGACUCCUUGUUCAUGUUCAACUAGAUGUGAGUGGAAUUGUCAAAGGGAGGACCAAGAGUAGAAGAGAGACUUUUAGUUACUAACAGGAAAGUGGUAAGGUAUGAGAGUCAGACUGGAAGGAAGAAUCAGGGAAGGAGGACCUUGAGCUUUCCAAGGGAAGAAAUCCCCAUGUAUUCUAUGACUGGGUGAAGAAGAGUGGCAUGAACCAUAGAUGUUUGGUCUUACUUGGAUGGUGCGUACUCUAGUCAAAGAAUCUUUCUUGGUCUGUGGCUAGAGAUCUGUUAGCUGUUUAAACGAGGGGUCUGUCUGUUGGAUCAUGAGAGGCAUUAUGGAAUUAUGAGAACUUCAACUCUGGAGUCAGAAACCUAGAUUCCAGCCCCAGCUCUGCCACUUCCAAGCUGUGUGACUUUGGGAAAUUUACUUAUUCUCUCUGAGCCUCUGUUAUCUCAUCUUAAAAUGGAUAUGAUAAUAAUAGUACAUUCCUUAUUGGACUGUUGAGAAGAUGAAAUGAGAUACUGAAUUUAAAGUGCUUAUCAGUUUCUAGCAUUGUGAUAAAACCUCAGUAUAUGUUAGCUGCAAGGUGUGCUAGAGCUGGCACGUAACAGGCUUUCCCAGAGCCAAUUGUUGAAUAUUAAGGAAGGUUGCAAGUCUUUCAACUGCUGAAAUUGGCCAUAGUGAGAGUCCUUACACUCUCUACAAGUCAAGGCUCCCUCCUUCACACAACUCCCUUGGAGAGCCAGUUUACCGGCACAUCACUGGUUACUAUCUUUAUUUUGUGGGGUUUUUUUGCUUCUGCAAAUAGAGCAGCUCUGGAUAACUAGCGUGGCUCUUUGUCAGUCCCUCUGAAACAAGUAGUUGUGGUGAUGAAUAAUACUCCUAACCCUCACCAGUCAUAGCAAAUAGGGUCAGUUUAAUUUGCAGUGAGCCACUUUCGUCUCCAGGGGUGAAUGGCUGUUUGGGAUCUGCCAAAAUUAGAGACCACUCUCUUCUCUGAGCUAGACUUUGCUCUGAUGCUUUCACUGCAGUGUAACAGAAAUCUUAGGAUGCCAGAAAUAGAUCACAGGAUUUCACUGCCGUUUCAUUCCCUGACUGAUCCAGUCUGAGCUCGCUCUAGGCAAUACCACAGUGCCUUCAGCCUUUUGCUAACAGUGAGAUUCUUCAGUCUCCCCAAAGGUUCUGAACCCCCAAACUGGGCUGGCUUACCUCGUGGUCAUGUCAGACACUUGCACACGGACGUGUUUUGCCAAGUGCUUGUGAGAGGUGUUUGGCUGUUUUUCAGCAAAGGUAGGAGAGGCAGGAGGAAAGGGAGUUCUGUCCUCACUUCUUUUAGUAUCUUCCCUGAACCAAAAAGUGGAGUUUGGUGGUAGCACCCGGUUAGAGGUCUCUUUUAGCACACUAAGGAUCAAAUUUUUCCCUAUUUACAGUAGAAACAAAAAAACAAGCAUAAUUUCCCAAAAAAGCAGCUCUUUAAAUAGGGAAUUUACCAACUCCACUCUGUCUUAUUGCAGAUAAAUACAUAUCUUCGCAAGAGGAUCGCGCAAGUUUUUGUGUUCCUUUCUUAAGAAUCACAGACUAGAGUUGCAGGUUGUUACUCAUUUGCUUUUUACAAGAAAGAAAAAGCAUUACAUCACGUCAGAGGGUCUCAGGUUCCAGAAAGGGGAGCUUUCCAAGGUUUUCUGUGUAAGGAAGUUUCUGUGUAAUCCAUGGGGAAUUAUGCAGGAAAGGGGGCUGGAGGAUCUAGCCAGGACUUAUUUUUCCAUCUAUUUGAAUUUGAAUCUUAGACAAAUAUGUUAUUAUUUAUGUAAAUUUAUUUAGACCUUUAUAAAGUCAGUUUAAGUUAUUGAAUGCCCCACAGAUUCUAAGCACAGCCCGUGCCUUAAGGAACUCGUCCUGGUCGAGAAAGCCCUGAAACAAACCCUCAUAGAAUGCUACAGUCAUACGUCACCUAACGACGGGGAUAUGUUAUGAGAAAUGCAUCGUUAGGCGAUUUCAUCGUUGUGUGAACGUCAUAGAGUGUACUCCCAGAAACCUAGAUGGCAUAGCCUGCUACACACCUAGGCUAUGUGGCACUAAUCUUACGGGACCUCGUCGUGUACGCAGUCUGUCGUUGACUGAAAUAUUAUGCGGUGCGUGACGGUAUGUGCAUUAAUAACAGUGAGUAUGUGACUGAGAAGUGUGGAGGAGGAAAAGGACAAGGAAGGCUUCACAGAGGAGGUGAUGUCAGCUAUGUUCUGAAGCAUGAAGAAGAGUAUACUAGGUGGCAAGAGAGGGAAAACUAACCCAUGCAGAGGAAACAGUCACCACCUUCCUGGUGACUUGUGUUAGAGUUACAGUUGCCUUUUAUUAGAGCGAGUUCUUUUCUUCACUAGAUGGUGAUCUCUAUGAGCACAGGGAGCAGUCUCUCAUCAUUGCCUCCUCCACAAGGCUUUGAGUAUUGUAGGUGUUCAUAUCCUCAGUGGGCAGUGAGAAUCUGUAACCAUACAAGAAGGUCACUUUUCUUCGUCGUGACCCUGUAAGCAAGGCUGUUCUGAAGAACACUGACAUGAAGAAACGUAUUCACUGCGUGAUGAUGGCAAAGCUCAGAUUUGAAGUCAGAUUCUAAGAGAAAGCCCAGAGCAAAAUUGGAUGUCUUGUCUGUGACCAUGGUCUAAAUAAACAGAAAACUUCACUUCCUUGCAUUUUUGUGUAGCUUAAAGGUACGUUAUUGUGAUUACUGGUCAUUGAGUUGUUGAUAAACUGCUUUGCCUGCUUUCUCAAGAGGCGCAGCAGCUUUCCUCUCAGUGGUUUAAUGUUUAUGUGCCGUGGAUGAUGACACAGCGCUGCAGUCACAAUAUCUUCUUGGUGCUAUGAAAGCCCUCCAUUUUUCCAGGUCCGCAUGCAGUCUGUUAGUCCAUCUUGGAGUUGUCUAUAGGAUAGAAUGUUUUCCACUUAUGAACCAGGCCUACUUUAUGAAUCAAAAGGCACUUCUUAAUUUGCAGUUGUAUAUUAAAUUCACACAUUUCAGAUGGAAAUUCACACAAUCUAUUUUGCAUUACUCACACUUAAUAGUAAUUUCUUUUGGCUAUUGCCCUCAGGCCAUAUAAGAAUGAAAAAAAAAUUUGAGCCCUUUAUUUUGACUAUGUUCACAGAUUGUAAAUCUGAUUAGUUCUCUGAUUUUUUUUUUUCUCUUAAAGUAACAUCUGCAUUACUCACUGAACAAAGACUGAUAACUAGGGGCAGGUUUGCCUUAUAACCAUGUUCAUCAUACCUAAGUUAUUCUGUCAGUUCACUUGGAAGAUGCAUCUGUUUUUCUGCACUAAUUUGCUGCGUCAAGUUCAUGUGUGCCACUAAUAGAUGUGAUAUGCACCUGUGAAAUGGUGAGGAAAAUUAUGUCCAGAUUAGGUAAUGCUUUAAGACUGAUUUAUUUCAGAGCUGAAAGGAACCUUACAGAUCAUUGAAUCCAGUGUUUCUCAUACUGAGCUACAAAAUCUAUUUGUCCUUUGAGAAAUGUUUAAAUACUGUGUUUUCAUUAGGUGAACAAUUACAAAAAACAUAUAAGCACAGUCUGGCCUAUGGGGAUGACCUCUCUGAAUUGAGAACCAUGAGAUUUCAAAGGUCGCAUGAUUUGGCUCCAGUGAUAGGAUCUAGGUUUCCUGCAAACCUAAAGGAAUUCAGCAAGUGGGAGCUGCCUCGGGCCUCUGGAUGGCAAGUUCAGGGUCCCUCUCACCACACUGGACUCCAAUGAGAUGUAUGGUGUUUUGAGGGCAUGACUAUAAUGGUGGUGUCAUGCCAGCCCCAAAUUCCUAUGGGAGGCAGCUUGUGCUACAGAUUUGAAUAGUUGUAUAUUUCUGAUGUCUAUCAUACUGUCUGAAUUACAAGGUUACUGCUGUCAGGAGCUUUCAUUCUUAGGUCACACAUUAGCCAAGCCAUCCUUGUCAUUCUUUGAGUAUUUAUCACAUAUGCCCAGUGGAGGGUGGUGGAUCAGUCAGCUUUCUCUAGGUAAGACUGAGGUAAUGAAAUAACUCCAAAAUUUCUGUGGCUUGCAAUAACAAAAGUAUAUUUCUUGUUCACACAUCAUCUGCAGCUCUGUUUUGGCUGUGAUUCAGCUCCCUGCAUUAUCUCAUUUUGAGAUCUAUGGUACCUGCAGUUACCCCUGUUUUCAGGACAUAAGGAAAAGAGCAAGAAGGCUUUGAAACACUCAGGCCCUUAAAACUUCUUUUCAGAUGUCCCAUACAUCAUUUCUGUUGUGUUCCACUGGCCAAAACAAGUUGUAUGGCCAAACCCUUUGUCAGUGGAACUGGGAAAUAUUAUUCUCUCCACAAGGCGUCACAUGGCCGUGGAUAGAGAUGUACAGUCAUAUGUCGCUUAACGAUGGGGAUAUGUUCUAAGGAAUGCAUUGUUAGGGAAUUUCAUCGUUGUGUGAACAUCUUGGAGUGCACUUACACAAAGCUAGAUGAUACAGCUUGCUACACACCUAGGCUGUGUGGUACUAAUCUUAUGGGACCGGCGUCGUGUAUGGGGUUUGUUGUUGACCCAAAUGUUGUUGUGCAGCACGUGACUGUAUAAUCCUCUUCCAGGCAGGGGGUUGAGUAAUUGGGAACAAUAAUACACUCCACCACAGGCAACCCAUAGAGCUGUGCACCUCACCAUCGCUCGUCACUCUGGCUGGCUGGGCUCUUCAGUUUGGCUUUCUGUUUUUAAUUUUCAUUUUUUCUCAAUUGCAAGUUUUAGAAGUGGAAAGCUUUAGGGUUGGAUGGACAUUUAGAGAUCUCAUCUCGUGCUUUUAUUUUUCUAGUAGAGGGACUGAGGCCUAGUGAGGUGAUUUGCCCAAGAUUGCACAGCAAGACUUUACUACAGUGCUCUCUUCACAGCAUCAACUUGGAAAAUGUUGGAGAAGAAUUGCUGCUUUGCUAAUUGUAAGGGAAAAUGGUUCUCUUGUUCCUGAAAUCAUACCCCUCCUGGGAGACAGAGGAAUAAAACAGAACCUGAAUGGUCAGUCUUGGAAUGAAAACUGGCUCAAUUUUCUAUCAAUUUUUUUUCUCAGCCACAUUCGUAUUAGGGGCAACUUAUUUAAAUUUAUUAUGUAGCAUCAACAGAGCACCAGGAUUUGUUUAGUGCUACAGUAAGUCACAGUUCCUGCCAAGGCAAAUUGCAUCUCUAUUUUAUAAAUAGUCUGUACCCUGUGCUUAUUUGAUUUAAAAUAAAAUCUGUAUGUAGUAUGCAGUAUGUUUCCUUUGAGCCUUUGUGUGGGGGAGCAGUCUGUGGAUGAGUUCAUACUGGAGACGUUCAACUGAGUGAGAGCUGUUCACUGGAUACUCCAUGGGCUUCUAAUGUUCUCCUGGUGCUUAACUGAUAAAAAAUAAAACCCAGCACUGCCUGCGGGAAAUGUGGAUAAUCUUUAUUCAGCUACUGACGUUCCCAGCACCCCACUUCACAGAUUUCAAAUUCUGAAGUCAAUGACCAAUGACAAAGUGAUAAAAUGGAUAGAAGUUACUGGAAGAGCUCCCAUGUAGAGGACUGUAGUUGGGAGACAACAGGAGGAGGCAAAAUAGGAGCUGCCACUACGUCGGGGAGGGGGUGGUUAUGGGGGAGACACAAGUGCUUACUGCGUGAGAGGAUUACAAAUAAGAUUUGAAAGGAAAGUGAGUGGGAUGAUUGCUCAAGUGCCCCACUAAGCCUUUAAUGUACAGUGUAAUCUCUUUUCUCGGAGGCAAAGCUCACAGACAAGAACCUAUUGAUGAAUGACUGCACAAAUCUAGGUUAACAAUCAUGCUUCUCAUUCUAAAAUCUCUUGCAUCUGUGACCAAAAUAAUUUAAAUAUUUGAUUGCAUUUGUCAGUGUCUUAGACAAUGUAGGCCACAAAAGUAGGGAAUUUCUUGAGGUUAAGUGGCACAUAUGAGUAGUGCUAUAGGGUAGAAGGGGCACCCCCUCCCUGGACACAGUUUCCACCUUUACCCUAUGGCAGUGGAAAGGGGAGGAAAGGGGAGGAAAGGACACACCUAAAAGGAGUUGGUUGAAAACUGCUUUGGCCUCUGGAGACUAGAGGUAAGGUUAGUCCGACUAAAUUUUGAAAAGGCCUCUUUCUGUUUUUUCACUUCCUCGCCUCCUAAAACAUCUCCCUACAAAUCACCUGCCCAGUUCCCUUAGGUUUUCUAAAACCUCACGCUUUAACAUCCACUCAGCCUGCUCCAUAUUGCGUCAAGGAAAUAUCCCCACCCGCCGUCUCAGUCAGGGUGCCUUUGCCCUGAGUGGCGGUGUUAGGAAAGCAAUCUGGUUCAAUUUUGUUGUAUGUACUGACAUUGCAGUACUUUGCGUAUUCUUCAGCUUGUUUUCCCCAAUCUUUCCUUUCUCUGUGGCUACAAUUUCUAAUUACCCUGAGGUACAAAACUUAGAUCCAUAAAGGUUCUAGAUAAUCAGUUAGGGUGAUUAUCAGGACCACGUAGGGAGCUUUUAGAAAUACACAUGCCUAAACCCCCUCCCUUGAGAUCCUGAUUUGCUAAUUGGAGGCUUUGGAGUGUUGUAGGUGUCUGAAUUUUUAAUAAGCUUCCUAGAUCAUUUGAAUGGAAUCAUGUAGUUCUUUGCCUCCCUGGGAAAGAACGCUUGCAUAGGAAAGCCUGCGUUCUCUUGAUGCUUGUCGUAAUAGAGGGAGGUGCUGCUUGUCACCUUAGUACCUUAGUAAUACUCCUAGAAUCAGCUUUAGUUGAUUUUAGUUGACUUUUUAUUUUUAGAAUUCUUCAAUUUCUUUUCUCUUAGAAGGGCUGAUUAAAUAUUCUUAGACUCUAUUCUGCCUGCCCAAUUCCUAGCUUGUAAAUUCAGCCACCAGCAGGGAUUAGAAAUACUAUAGUCCUUGAAACUGCUUGGUUUAAGGAAGGGCAAAACCCACCCCUGAGCCUGAUCUUAUUAGAUGGUCCUAAUUCCCUCCCCCAUAUGCUUUCUUCCUUUUUAUUGGAACCUCUCUUUACCCAUUUUUCACCCCAGGGGUUUUUUGUUAUGUAAGAAAGUUAUUUCAAUUGUUGUGAAUGUCUUAUCAUUCUUAAUUUCAUUACCAUACAGCACAAUCAUGGCUGUGCACAUCAUUAAAAUGUAUUAGAUUUACUUUGUUCUAAGUUUUAUUUAAUGCUAACACUGAACUGUGUUUGUGUGUUGCUCUGAUACCAUGCCUGUAUACUAAAAAAUUAAUAAAACAAAGUAGGACGAUUGUCUGGUAACAUUA